ACACACUCCUGGAAAAGUAUCAUGUUGUAGAAACUCAGACAAGUUUUCCUUUCUGAUUGACAACCCAACUCUUUUCGCACUAGACACAAUUCUUUAGACUUCCGUGUACAGAGAGACCUGGAAGAUGGUUGAUUGUAUUGUUCGAAAUGAGUGAAUCACCAAGUGUUUCUGUGCAAGGCAUGUAGAUUUGCUAGGGCAUGCACAAUCUUCCAGGUGAUGGCUUUGAUGUUUAACUAUUCUCUGGUUGUAGAUGUGUGUGAUCGUUUCACCUCGGUACUGUAAUCUCUCUGUGAUGGAUAAAGGUGAUUAGACACGUCUGUAUCGGUUCUGGAUUCUCAGUAUGUGCAGGGUGACGAAGCGUUUCUGUCCACUUUGAGUGUUUCUGCUGGCAACCUUGAUGACAUCGAGGGGACGCUGCCAGGUCAGGUGGAAGUUUUGAAUCAAAUGCUUGUUCGAUGUGGUGGAGCUGGUGCAGCUGAACGGUUGCAGAACCAGUUGGCGGCAUUGUACCGGGAGAUUAAGGCUGUUGCUGAUGGAGUGCAGACGUCCCAAGUCUCAGUGGACGAGGAAACAGCCAAGAGCUUCAGAAUCGAGAAAGACGAGGAGCAGAUGACGGAAGAGGCCAGGCUGCGCGGUUGGCUCAUAGGACAAACAAUGGAGGUCUUCUACACUGUCCUGAACGUCUGGGUGUGCAUCCAGACUCACCCCAUUUCUCAGGAAGUGUCGGAGCAAAGAGGCGGUGAUUAUACGAUUGUAAGUCCUGGGCCAAAUGAGAAUUUUAGGCACUCAGUGUGAGAAGUCUAGAUCAGUGGUGCACUGGUCGUCAUGAUCUGAUCUUCGAGGACACAAUCCGCUUAGUCUGAUUGACUCUUGGUAAUUUCCACGUCAAUGGUUCAGAAUUUCGAGAACCAUACUUCAAAAUGUUUUGGUUACCAAUGCUUUGAAAAUUACUAAAAUAAUGUUUGUAUAUACACUUUGUACAUAAUAUUUGUAUUAAAUAUUGCGUAGUAAUUUAGCCAGGUCGUUCA